GGCCAAUUCGAAAAGAGUGUACCCAGCAGUAGUACUCUAGCUAGCUGACUGUAAUAGAGCCACACUCAUUUUCCAUUCAACAGUCGCGUUACACGACAUGGCACAACCGGGAACAAUGGAUGAUUACGUGAAAAUAGAGAAAAUCGGAGAAGGUACCUAUGGGGUUGUGUACAAAGGCAGACACAAGUCGACAGGCCAGGUAGUGGCCAUGAAGAAGAUCCGACUGGAGAGUGAGGAGGAGGGAGUGCCAAGCACAGCUGUCAGAGAGAUCUCUCUGCUCAAAGAGCUAGCGCACCCUAAUGUUGUACGCCUUCUAGAUGUGCUGAUGCAGGAGUCCAGACUGUACCUCAUCUUUGAGUUCCUUUCCAUGGACCUGAAGAAAUACCUAGACUCUAUCCCCUCGGGCCAGUACAUGGACCCCAUGCUUGUGAAGAGCUAUCUGUACCAGAUCUUGGAGGGCAUCCUGUUCUGCCACUGUAGAAGGGUCCUCCACAGAGACCUGAAGCCCCAGAACCUGCUGAUUGACAACAAGGGAGUGAUCAAGCUGGCAGACUUUGGGUUGGCCAGAGCCUUCGGAGUGCCAGUCCGGGUAUAUACCCACGAGGUUGUGACACUGUGGUACAGGGCUCCUGAGGUUCUGCUGGGUGCCGCACGGUACUCCACCCCUGUGGAUGUCUGGAGUAUCGGGACCAUCUUUGCGGAAUUGGCCACAAAGAAACCACUUUUCCAUGGAGACUCAGAGAUUGACCAGCUCUUCAGGAUCUUCAGGGCCCUUGGUACUCCUAACAAUGACAUCUGGCCAGAGGUAGAAUCUCUGCCUGACUACAAGAACACGUUCCCCAAGUGGAAGUCAGGGAAUCUGUCCUCCAUGGUGAAAAACCUAGAUAAGAAUGGCAUUGAUCUGCUCGCUAAAACGCUGAUCUAUGACCCACCCAAGAGGAUCUCUGCUAGACAGGCUAUGAGCCAUCCAUACUUUGACGACCUGGACAAAACCACUCUACCUGCCAGCACGGUCACGCAGUAAAUGUCACAUGGCUCUACUCAAAGGACCUGAAAAAGAGUACAAUUAUGGAUGUGUAUUGAAUUUGUUAAUUUGAUUUUUUUUGUAUCUUUGUUCUUUCUUUGUUUGUCCUUUUUCUAUCUAAUAUGAAUAACUAUUCUGUAAAUAACUUUUAUGUAAAAAAACAAAGUUUGAAUCUAAAGUGACAGUAUAUUUUCAAUAAAUUGCACUUUUGCAGAACUGA